AUGAGUAGAGUUCUUUUGACAGGAGGGAGUGGCUUCAUUGCUGCACAUGUUCUAAAAACACUGCUGGAUCGCGGACACACGGUUACCACCACCGUCAGAUCUACGAAAAAGGGAGAGCAAAUUCUUGCAGCGUACAAGAACAUCCCGAAAGAGAAACUGUCAUAUGUUAUUGUCAGCAACAUCGCCCGCGAAGGCGCCUUUGACCAUGCUGUUCAAUCCGAUCCCCAAUUCGACUGUGUCAUCCACACUGCGUCGCCGUUCCAUGAGAACUUUGACGAUCCCGUGACAGACCUCCUCGAUCCUGCUAUCAAGGGGACCAUCGGGCUGCUUCGGGCAGUCAAGAAUCACGCACUCCAGGUAAAGCGCGUCAUAAUAACCUCGUCGUUUGCAGCCAUCGUCAACAGUGCGUCACCACCUUCAGUAUACGACGAAAAUUCAUGGAAUCCGAUAACUUGGGAUGAGGCCGUGGCUGAACGCUCCCUGGCGUAUCGAGGCAGCAAGAAACUCGCAGAAGAAGCGGCAUGGAAGUUUGUCGAAGAAGAGAAUCCCAACUUUGACUUGGUGACAAUGAACCCGCCAAUGGUGUAUGGCCCAGUCAUUCAUCAUCUUGAGAACUCCGAUAGCCUCAAUACGUCUAACCAAAGGAUUCGCGAUUUCAUCCAAGGAAAGAUCGAAAACGACAAGCUGCCCCCAACCGGCACGUUCUUAUUUACUGACGUCCGAGAUCUUGGGCUGGCACAUGUGAGGGCCAUGGAGGUUCCGGAGGCGGCAGGCAAACGCUUUUUUAUCACCGCAGGGCAUUAUUCAAACAAACGAAUUGUCGACGCUAUCCUGGACACGCAUCCGGGACUUGCACCCAAGUUACCUAAGAAUCCGAUUGAUGACUUCCCCGAAGAUGUAUACGGCUAUGAUAACUCAAGGGCCCGCCAACUGCUGGGAAUCGAGUUUCGGUCACUCCGGGAAUGCAUUGGCGAUACAACCGAUUCUUUUCUCAAGUUAGGGAUUGCGUAA